AUGGCGGAGGAACAGCUGAGGAAUCACGUCCAUGUUUCGCUCCAGAUCGUCCCGUCUUCCAGAGGACAGAGAAGGGAAAUGGCUGUGAUGGAGACAGUUCAGAAAAGUUUCAUACAGAGGUCAGACCUUGUAAGACAUCAGGCAAUCCACACAGGAGAGAGAUCCCAUAAGUGCUUAGACUGCGGAAAAAGUUUCAUACAGAGGUCAAACCUUUUAAAACAUCAGGCAAUACACACAGGAGAGAGACCCCAUAAGUGCUUAGACUGUGGAAAAAAUUUUGGAUGGAAGUCAAAUCUUUUAACACAUCAGAAGAUCCACACAGGAGAGAGAUCCCAUAAGUGCUUAGACUGUGAGAAAAGUUUCAUACGGAGGUCAGACCUUGUAAGACAUCAGGCAAUCCACACAGGAGAGAGAUCCCAUAAGUGCUUAGACUGUGGAAAAAGUUUCAUACAGAGGUCAGACCUUGUAAAACAUCAGGCAAUCCACACAGGAGAGAGAUCCCAUAAGUGCUUAGACUGCGGAAAAAGUUUCAUACAGAGGUCAAACCUUUUAAAACAUCAGGCAAUCCACACAGGAGAGAGAUCCCAUAAGUGCUUAGACUGCGGAAAAAGUUUCAUACAGAGGUCAAACCUUUUAACGCAUCAGAAGAUCCACACAGGAGAGAGACCCCAUAAGUGCUUAGACUGUGGAAAAAAUUUUGUAUCGAAGUCAGCCCUUGUUAGACAUAAAAUAGUCCACACAGGAGAGAGACCCCAUCAGUGCUCAGACUGUGGGAAAAGUUUCAUACAGAGGUCAAACCUUUUAGCACAUCAGAAGGCCCUUGUUAGACAUAAAAUAGUCCACACAGGAGAGAGACCCCAUCAGUGCUCAGACUGUGGGAAAAGAUUCAUGCAGAGUUCAACCCUUGUUAAACAUCAGGCAAUCCAUACAAGGGGAAGACCAUAAGUGCUUGGACUCUGGGAAAGUUUCAGAAUCAGAUCGGCCGUUCUAAACAUCAGACAAAACCCACAUAGUGUUUAGACUAUGGAAAAACAUUUCAAAUAGAUGUCAGUCCUUGUUUUACAUCAGAGAAUCCACCCAGGGAGACACCCUGUAACUGCUUAGCCUUUGGAAAGAGUUUUAUACACAAUCAAACAUUGUUAAACAUCCAGCAAUCCACAUUGGAGAGAGAGCCGAUAAGUGCUUAGACUGUGGGAAACAUUUCAGAAACUGAUCAGUCCUUGUUUUACAUCAAAGAAUCCCCACAAGAGCAAGACUCCAUAAGUACUGGACUGUGACAAAAGUUUCAGACAGUGAUCAGACGUCAUUAAACGUUGGAGAAUUCACACACAAUCUAAACUUCUGUGACACCUGGCCAGAAAGAGUUAAGAACCUUGCAGGCUAUUUGGCCUAGAUUCAACAUUUAAAGACAUGUUAGAAAAGUUUGUAAAUGAUGUUUGGGGCCAUUCCAAGUUAUAUAGACUAGAACUUUGAAUGUGAACUUGUAUUGUUAAAAUCUUGGAAGAAGAUAGUCGUAUGGUUGAUUAAUUGCAUUUAACUCAAAAAAAUAAUGAUGUGUAUUUAAACUCAGAAAUAAAGCAAUUAAAAACUUUAGAGCCUAGAAGUCCACUCAGUGCUCCUUCUUUUUCUGCUAAUCGCUAAGACAAGUAAGUUUGUUUACAUUUACGGGAGAUAAUGCUGCCUGUGUCUAAUUUAUGAUGUCACCUGAAAGUCUGGCACGUUUAGCUGGCAGUGCAGAUAUUUAUGUGGAAGAUAUACUAAACAUGCCUAUGUACCUUCAUGCUUCGGCAUUCCAGUGGACAUGCUUCCAUGCUGACAAUGCUCUUUUAAAAAAAAAAUUCAUGAGAUAAAUUUGUGAUUGAACUUCUUGGAGGACAAUUGUAUGUCCCCUGUUCUGUUUUACACACAUUCUGCCAAAUAUUUCCUAGUAUAAAAGUCACGGAUAAUGACCUAGCACCUGUUAAUUUUAAGGACACUUUCACUGCUGUUUUGAGAAAACGCAAAGAAAGUAAUAAUCUGAGAUUUCUAAAGAUAGCUACAGCUUUCAGCCAAAGGUUUAAGAAUCUGAAGUACCUUCCAAAAUCCGAGAGGGACUAGGUGUGGGGCAUGCUUUCAGAAGUCUUAAAAGAGCAACACUGCGAUGCGGAUGCUACAGAUUCGAACCACAAAAAAAGAAAAUCAACCUUCUGCUGGUGGCAUCUGACUCAGUUGAUGGAAAUGAACACGCGUCGGUCCACUCUGCUUCGGAUCAUUAUCAGUUAGAACCCGUCAUUAGCAUGGAGGCAUGUCCUCUGGAAUGGUGGUUCCAGCAGGAAGGGACACAUGACUCUUUAGCGCAUCUGGCACAUAAAUAUCUUGCGACGCCGGCUGCAAUAGUGCCCCGAGAACGCCUCUUCUCACUUUCAGGUGACAUUGUAAACUAGAAGCGGGCAGCAUUAUCUCCUGCAAAUUGUAACUGCACUUGUUUUUCUGAGUGAUUGGCUGUACAAGAAGUAGG